ACGUGAAUCUUUUUUGUGACUUGUGUUUUGUAAAAUUUUAAGGUAAAUGAACUUCUUAGCCACAUAAGUUGAACGUUUUCCUUAAGAUUCGUUAUAAAGUGAUUGUUUAUGUCUUGGUGUUCUUGUUUGUUAUUUUCAUAAAAAUUGGGAUUGUUUAAGCGCAAUAAACAACUCUUGAUUUAAUGAAAAUAUAUGGGCUUCCUAACAUCAAACACGGCGGCACCGCUUCAACCACGGCGGAGCCCCACCACUAUGGCGGCCGGCGCGUUCUACUUGCCCAAAGAAAGCAAGAAAAGGCCCCUCGGAGAAGACGCCCACUUCAUCUUCCCCGAAGGCCAGACCAUCGGCGUGGCUGACGGCGUGGGCGCGUGGUCCUUCCACGGAGUCGACGCCGGAAAGUAUUCCCGAAUGCUCAUGUCCAAAGCAGAAGCCUCCGCCCGUUCUCAGGCAGGCGGCGGGGUCAAUCCCAUGAAAGCCUUGACGGACGCUUACGCCGGCACGAACGUUCUCGGCUCUUCGACGGCGUGUAUUUUGACGCUAACGGAUGACGGAGUCAUCUCGGCCGUUAAUGUGGGAGACAGCGGGUUCGCAAUCGUACGGGCCGGUUCGGUGGAGUACAAGUCCCCGGUCCAGCAGAGGGAGUUCAACUACCCGUUCCAACUCGGGAGAGGCAUAUGGUCGGACCGGCCGGCUGUGGCAGCCCGGAUCAAGGUGGAAGUUCGGCCGGGUGACGUCAUAGUGAUGGCAACCGACGGGCUAUUCGACAACGUUAAAGACGAAUUGGUGGCGGAAUUGGUCGGCGGCGGCGCAGAUGCGCCGGGAAAAGUGGCGGAGCGGUUAGCGAAGGAGGCGCUCAAGAUCGCAAAGAGUAAGGACGUGGAAACGCCGAUCGCGUUGGAGGCUCGGAAAGCGGGGAUAGAAUAUUCCGGCGGAAAGUACGAUGACAUCACGGUGAUUGUCGCCUACAUUGAAGCUGCGGCAGAUCAAUCUGGAACGAUUGCUGUAAAUUUGGGAACAUAGUUUUAAUCUGAAUUAAAUAUGCUUUGAGUUCUCUAAAAAUUGGGUAUUAUAUCUUGGUAAAUUCUCUCUAAAAUAUGUAGACAUAAAGAUUUUGGUCAAGA